UUUCCUUCUCAGUUCUGCCGCAGGAGUUUCAUUUUUCAUCUUUUCAUUUCGCAAAAGAGUUCAAGAUGAUCAAGUCAAAUCACCUGCCAGUUUAAGACCUAUCUCAGAAUCAAGUAUCAGUAAAUUAAAGAUUAGACCAUAUAUAUACGCGCUUCGGGUCAAGGUACGUUGGAUUUACCCCAAAGUUACAACAGCAUCUAUGACAGACAUCGCAAGCCCUGUGCACCAGUUCGACCUCGAGUCUCAGCAUACAGUGUUGCUGAAAACCAGUAGUACUAAUCCACCAAUAGACCACUGGCGCUGGAUUUAUGUGAUUCUCCAAGUGCGCAAACUCCUCAUCUCAUCCAGAGCCAAGAAACCUACAAACGGGUCUCAACCACCUCACCACCUCUCAUCAGCUACAAUCCCUUAUGCUAUUAUCAGCACCAGCACUACUACUGGUGAUGCAGACUUGCAACUGACAUCAGGGACUACAGAAAUCUUACCUGCCUCGCCUCAAUUUUCUGGAGAUGUCCAUCGGAUCGGGGAGGAUGAUGGUAGUACUGCUGCUACUGAUGCAAAACUCCAGCGUACAAAUAUUUCCAAGAUAGUCACGGAGAAAGACUUUGAGUCCUUACAGGAGUUUGGAUGCGUCCAAGGAAUUGCAGAGGCACUCAAUAGCGAUUUACAGAAUGGAAUCCCAUGCAAUGAAGAAGAUGUGAGUUCUCGCCGCCCAGUCAGUGCCCUCUUAACCACACAGGCUCCUGUUCAAGGCUUCUUCAAACUGCUCCUACAGUCCAGCAACAACCACAUAAUUUUCCUUCUCUUGGUGGCUGCAGUGCUGUCGAUUGGCUUUGGUAUGAAGGAGGAAGGCCCAAGCACCGGUUGGUAUGAAGGGGCCAUCAUAGUGUUUGUCAUCAUCAUACUCGUUGUUGCGCCUUCCAUACGCGAUUUUUGGCUUCAAAAUCCACAGAACCAUGCAAUGAAACAGACUGCAGGGGCCAUUAAAAUGGUGGUUGAGGUCAUCAGAGGGGGAUCCCCAUGUGAAAUACCCACAUGUGAUGUUGUUUCAGGUGACAUAGUGUGCUUGAAACAGGGAUCUACAGUUCCCGGUGAUGGUUUGUUUGUUUCUGGUGAGUUGUUUGUAUUGGAUGAUGGUACAGUGGCAACCAUUUAUGACAAGAAACCAUUCUUGUUCUAUGGUUCAAAGGUGGUUGCUGGAAGUGGUCGCAUGCUUGUAACGUCUGUGGGCAUGGACACAGCAUGGGGUGAGCUGAUGAAGAAAGUAGCCAAUACUCCUAACCGGGCUCAUUUACCGGUUCAACUUGAUAAGGUCAGCACAGGCACGCAGAUUAUAGGGAUCUCAAUCUCUAUUCUCAUCCUGGUAGUGUUGUUCUUCCGUUUCAUGGUUGAAAGGGAAGACAAUCACUCUGGCCUCCCAGACCUUAAGGGGAAGCCAACUGCAAGCAAGGAGAUAAUGAAUUUAAUUGAGAAAAUUGUGAUGAAACCAAGUGGUCGGAUCAGUAUCCUAACGACAUCUCUGGCUAUAUUCCUCGUAGGAGUAGUGGAAGGAAUACCUCUUUUUGUUACACUUGCCAUAAGGUAUUGGAAUAAGAAGACUUUAUCUGGAAAGGCCACUGCUCGAGGGACUUUGGCGAGUGUCACCGUGGGCUCUAUCACAACUAUUUGCACUGACAAAACUGGCGUGCUGAAAUUGUCAGUAGACAAGUGCUACAUCGGGGAUGAAGUCAUAGAAACCGACUAUGUCACUAGAAUAGACACACAUGUUCGUGAAGCUUUGUGCAAUGGAAUCAGCACACCCCUUCUGAUGCCAUCAAACCCUCAUUGUAGCUCGAGAGAGGACCCGCUUCUUUCCUGGGCUUACCUCAAUUUGGGAAUGCAAUAUGAGAUUUUGAGGCAAAAUUGCACCAUCCUGGAGAUUAAAGGAUUGAGCACCAACGAUGAAGGCAGUGGAGUACUGAUGAGAAGAAGCAGUGCUGACAACGAAGGAGAUAUGCGCUUGCAUUGGAAAGGACCUGCAACAACAAUAUUAGCCAUGUGUUCGCACUACAAUGACAACAAAGGGGAAACAAAGGUCAUGGAUGAACAAAGUAUAUUGGUUUUUAACGAAAUUAUAGAGGGCAUGCAGUCCAAAUAUCUCAAGACCAUUGCAUUUGCUUACAAACAGACUGAGGUUUCAAUGCUAGAAGAAAACAGCUUAAUCUUAAUAGCACUGCUAGGUGUGAGGUAUUCAUACUGCAGUGAUAUGGUGGAAGCUUGUAAAAAAGCUGGAGUCAACAUCGUAUUGGUCUCAGAAGAUAAUGUUUCAGAUCUGAAAGUCAUUGCUCGUGAGUGUGGAAUAUUUCUGAACCCAAAUAGAUUGGGAGUUGAAGGUGAAAGUUUUCGAAAUAGUGCCCAAGAAAACAGGAUGGACGACAUGGCAAAUAAAAUAUGUGUGAUGGGAAACUCCAUUCCUUCUGACAGGCUCCUUUUGGUGCAAUGUCUGAAAGAAAGAGGCCAUGUCGUAGCAAUGGUUGGAGUCGGAACAAAUGAUGCUCCAACUCUGAAAGAAGCUGAUGUGGGCAUUGCAAUGGGGACUUGGAGUAGUGGAGUGGCAAGAGAGAGUUCUGACAUCAUCAUCUGGGACGGAAAUGUUAGUUUCUUGGUCACCAUUAUUGGGUGUGGAAGAAGCAUAUACUAUAACAUUCAGAAGUACAUUCAACUUGAGCUCACCAUGAAUAUAUCAUGGCUGUUGAUAACAUCCGCUACCACAAUGUGUUUAGGACAAAGUGCAAUUGCAGCCAUACAAUUGGUCUGGGCAAACAUGAUUGUGACUCUUCUAGGUGGGCUUGCUCUAUUGAUGGAACCUCCAACAGAGGAACUAAUGAAAAACGCACCGGUCAAGCGAAAUGAAUCUCUCAUUAGCAAGGCAAUGUGGAGAAACAUAGUCAGUCAAGCUUUAUAUCAGACUACCAUCUUGGUCGCCUUUCAAUUCAAAGGACCAGCUAUCCCAGGCAUCAGCAAGAAGGUCAGUGAGUCCAUUGUUUUCAACAGUUUUGUUCUCUGUCAGGUAUUCAACCAAGUGAAUUCAAGGGAACUCGAGAAGAAAAACGUAUUUAGGGGCAUAUUUCACAAUCUAUGGUUUUGGGUGGCUGUGGGUGCCAUUCUUACCUUGCAGGUGAGUUUUGUUGAGAUUGCACACAUUCUGGCUGGCAAUGCAAGGUUGAAUUGGGCAGAGUGGGGUAUAUGUCUUCUAAUUGGGAUGGUUUCAUGGGCAAUUGAUUUGAUUGUUAAGUCUGCAACCAGUUUCAUACUUAGCUCAGGAUCCAUUAGUAUGCCUAUGACACCCUCUAAUGUUUCAGAAUCCGCUGCUAAUCUAGAGCUCCCACUCAUUAGUGAAAUUCCACAUGAAUCCCAUCGUAGGCUGUAUUAACUUUGCUGAUAAUGUAAGAACAGCUUGU